CUUCAGUCAUAAACAGCUUUGAAGGUUGAAAGGACAAGAAGAAAGAACAGAAGAUCAUGGCGGGUGGUUCUGGGGAUCCAUCUGCACGAUCACUUGAAUACACGCCGACAUGGGCUCUUGCCACCGUUUGCCUUGUCUUCAUCUUCAUUUCCAUCUUCCUUGAGUACUCUAUCCACCUUCUCACCAACUGGCUAAAGAGACAUAGAAAAACUGCGUUGUGUGAUGCUGUCGAGAGGCUCAAAUCAGAGUUGAUGCUUCUGGGAUUCAUAUCACUUCUGCUGGCAGUAACUCAGUCGACAAUUUCUAAUAUCUGCAUACCUGCCAAGUUUGCAGACACCAUGCUUCCUUGUCGUCAGCAGCAGGUUCAAUCUCUGACUGCCAAAGCGCAAGCUUCUAUCCACUUCAUUGCUGGGAAUAUGUCAAUGACAAACCAUAUCUUUAGGCGCCUAGAAGAUGAAGAUGAAGAUGGAUUACCUCCACCAUCUGAUUCCAAUACAGUUUCUGAUCCUUGCAGUUCUCAAGGAAAGGUGUCUUUGAUGACACAGCAGGGGAUUCACCAGCUGCAUAUAUUCAUCUUUGUUCUAGCAGUCAUGCAGAUAGUGUAUAGUGUUCUUACUAUGGCUUUGGGAAGAGUCAAGAUGAGGCGCUGGAAAGCAUGGGAGAAAGAAACUCAAACAACUGAGUACCUAGCUGCCAAUGAUCCUGAUCGGUUUAGAUUCACAAGACAGACAACGUUUGGAAGAAGACAUGUGAAUUCUUGCACAGAAACAUCAGUUCAACUCUGGAUAAAAUGUUUCUUCAGGCAGUUCUUUUAUUCCGUUGCCAAAGUUGAUUAUCUUACUCUGAGGCAUGGUUUCAUCUCGGCUCACAUGUCAGGCAUGUACACUAAUUUCAAUUUCCAAAAAUACAUACAAAGAUCCCUGGACGAAGAUUUCAAGGUUGUCGUCAGCAUCAGCCCCUUAAUGUGGUUACUUCUUGUUAUCUUCCUGCUUGUAGACGUGCACGGUUGGCAUGUGUAUCUCUGGAUAUCUCAUAUUCCUCUCUUGGUAGUGCUAGUUCUGGGAACAAAACUGCAAGUGAUUGUUACAAGAAUGGCUAUUCAAAUCAAUAAUCAAAACACUGUGAUCAGAGGAACCCCUCUUGUUCAACCGAAUGAUAAACUCUUUUGGUUCGGGAAACCGAGACUUGUUCUGACUCUCCUGCAUUUUACUUUGUUCAUGAAUGCAUUCGAGCUCGCCUUCUUCAUCUGGGUUACGAUACAAUUUGGAUUUGAUUCUUGCUAUCACGAGCACACUGCCAUUACUGUUACAAGGAUCGUACUAGCAGUUACAAUUCAAGUCCUCUGCAGCUACAGAACUCUUCCUCUUUAUGCACUUGUGACACAGAUGGGUUCAGAAUUCAAGGGCAGAGCAAUGGAAAAAGAGCAAAUAGCCAAAAUAAUCAAACUAUGGCAUGCAGGGGUGAGGGAGAGAAGGAAGAAACAAGAACAAUUUCUACGAUCACCACGGAUUUCUCUGUCCAGAGACGGGGACUCAAGAAGGGGUAACAGAGGAGAAACCACUGAAGAACAAGAUAAGACAAUGAAAGAGGAAGCUGCAGCCUCAUCCUCAGCUCCAUUGCAGCCAGUCAAGAUAGAAUUGCCAGUACUAAGGAAAGAGUAGAUAUAGCCAUACUGAGUUAUGGAGCUAAAUGUGGUAUAACUAUUUGUAUAAAUGUCUCUGAGAAAAAGCAAUAGUAUAUCUGUUUCUAAUAUGGUGAAUUGGUGAUCGAACAUAUUGAAAAGGACUAAGAAAUGACAUCCACAUUAAGGAUGGGGCCAGGAUGGUGAUUUAAGUU